GUUGAUGAGUGUUAUAACAGCCCUUGUGUGAAUAAUGCAUCCAGUUGUACAAACACUUUUGGUAGCUACGAGUGUAACUGCGCUUCAGGCUUCACAGGAAGACAUUGUCAAAUCGGUAAGCUUUUGCCUAAUUGAUUAUUAGGGGAGGGGGGUACGGUAAACAAAUACCUCCUACCAGCCCAGUAAGAGGGCCGUAAAGUAAUUGUUUUGAUUUCUUGUUUUUGUUGUUGUGUUGUUGUUGUUGUUGUUGUUGUUGUUGUUGUUGUUUUGCCUCGUUUUAUAAUAGCAGAUGCGCCCGGCGUGCGGGCCAUAAAAUCCAGGUUCCAUAACAGUACGGACCAACAGGAUGAGGCCCCAAAUGGAUAUUUUGCAGUGUAUCUACGGGUUUAAAUAGAGAACGGGAAUUUUUUCAGUUAAACUGAAGGGCCGUUAAUGAUCGAAGCGCGACAAUUCCAAGCGCAGUUAAAAAGGAUCAGUGGCUUCUAAAUCCUGCAAUUAAGUUGGGAAAAAGCAUUUAGUGACUCGUAAAACAUAUUCACAGUUCAUUACGUUCAAACAACAGCUUUACAAAGCUCUUCCAUCUUCCUUAAUAUUCAGAGGUUUGUACCGAGAAAUUCUAUCCACUAAGUCGAUCAAUCACAGUUUCCUGUAAAAAAAGAUAUUAAAUAAACGGUAAAACUUGAGCAAGCAGUCUUUUUAAAAAAUUACUUUAAUAAAGAUAAGGUACGUUACCAUAACUAACCAUAACUGAGCAUGGAAUUCUCACUGUAUGUCGUAUUCUAAAAAGACGUGUCGUAUUCGUUUCUCGUAGGAAUACCAGCUGACACUUUUGACGUCCUCCUGUUGUUUGAUGGCUCUUCGUACUUAGGAUCAAGUCAUUUUUACCAAACCCUGCUCUUUGCAAAGGCUUUCCUCUCCAACUAUAAUAUAUCUAAGAGAGAAACAAAUGUGGCCGCUGCCGUAUAUGCCAAUAAUACCAUUGUCGGUUUCAACUUUACGCAACACUUCAGUCACGAGGCGGUAGCUGCUGCUAUUGAAAGGAUACCCUUCCUUGACGAGACACCACUUAAUCUUGGUAACGCCUUGAACAUUACCAGGCAAGAAAUCUUUCCAACUGGACGACCCAACGUCCCUGACGUCCUGGUGAUAUUCGUUAGUUUCUCACUAAGUCAGGGAUUUGCUGUAAUUUCGCAAACUCUUCGAGAUGAAGGAGUUAAGAUAAUAGUCAUCGCUAUUGACAGCAAUUUUAACAUACCCCAGUUGGAACAAGUUGUAAGCACCCCAGCAUCUCAUUACUUGGUGACAACAAGCUAUCAGCAUAUGGACACCAUGGAAAAUUCUGUGAGCGGCGCGGUCUCCCAAGGUGAAUUUGUCAUCCUCUAAAAUUGCCAGUAGUCCGCUAUCAGCGUCUCUAGAGAAAGUUUUCAUUUAACGUCAGUUCUAUAGAAAUGGACAAAACAUGAUCUCCAUUUUUUUCGGCGAGCAACAUGUCCGUAUGAGUUCCCCUUCUCUUUAGCCCUCCUUAGGGUUAAGUGAAAUUACCCAACUACAAUUAAAUGCAUACAAUACAAUCUUCAUCAGUUGAAACUAGCAUCAUAUCAAUUACUUUGAUCCAGCGGUAUUUCUACAUUCAUGCAUAAGAAGACUGGUUCUACCGUGGGCCCCUUUUGCUUUAAAGAACUCAAAGUUAGACUAUACGGACUUGUGUUCUCCAUCGUUAAGAAAUGAGAUAUUCAUUCACUCUUAAUUGCCCGUUGAAGUAAUGACUUUAAGUCCACAAUCAACAUCGGAAAGCUCUAACCAAAAAGUAAAUCGUCUUUUCUUCUCCAGCUGUGAAUCCAUGCUCCUCAUUUCCAUGUCAGAAUGGAGGUAACUGUUCAAGAACGGGAAGCAACUUCACAUGUUCAUGUCCCAGCGGAUUUAAAGGNAGCACCCCAGCAUCUCAUUACUUGGUGACAACAAGCUAUCAGCAUAUGGACACCAUGGAAAAUUCUGUGAGCGGCGCGGUCUCCCAAGGUGAAUUUGUCAUCCUCUAAAAUUGCCAGUAGUCCGCUAUCAGCGUCUCUAGAGAAAGUUUUCAUUUAACGUCAGUUCUAUAGAAAUGGACAAAACAUGAUCUCCAUUUUUUUCGGCGAGCAACAUGUCCGUAUGAGUUCCCCUUCUCUUUAGCCCUCCUUAGGGUUAAGUGAAAUUACCCAACUACAAUUAAAUGCAUACAAUACAAUCUUCAUCAGUUGAAACUAGCAUCAUAUCAAUUACUUUGAUCCAGCGGUAUUUCUACAUUCAUGCAUAAGAAGACUGGUUCUACCGUGGGCCCCUUUUGCUUUAAAGAACUCAAAGUUAGACUAUACGGACUUGUGUUCUCCAUCGUUAAGAAAUGAGAUAUUCAUUCACUCUUAAUUGCCCGUUGAAGUAAUGACUUUAAGUCCACAAUCAACAUCGGAAAGCUCUAACCAAAAAGUAAAUCGUCUUUUCUUCUCCAGCUGUGAAUCCAUGCUCCUCAUUUCCAUGUCAGAAUGGAGGUAACUGUUCAAGAACGGGAAGCAACUUCACAUGUUCAUGUCCCAGCGGAUUUAAAGGUCACACCUGUGAAAUAGGUAUUUAACACUUGCUUCUUAAGACAGGAAAGGCUAAAUUGAAUUUUGCAAGAAAAAAAACAAUGCCAGAUUCUUAUAACGAGUUGUCUUGAGGUGCUCUAAUUUUUUUGUGCCCAGUUUAUCUGAGCUUGAAAUUGAACAGGAAUCUAUAUCUUGAAGAAUUUCGAGAAAACGUAAAGAAAUAUACGGUUGCGAAGGAAUGUUUCUUCUAAACUUCUUUGUCAUUUGCGGAAAUUCCUAUGCUUCGAAAUACCUGGCAAUAAGGGAAUGUAUUUAUGUAUUAGUUAUCUAACAUGCUUAGCAAACAUGUAACAAUUAUUUUUAAUCAGACAUCAACGAAUGUAUUGCUAGCGAAGCAAAUUGCAAAGACCAAAAACGUUGUAUGAAUACCAGAGGUGGAUACCAGUGCAUUUGUUCCGGUGGUCAAUAUGGAGAGAGCUGUGAAUACAGUAAGUACACUUAACACAGUAAUUUCACGUUUAUAGUUACAAUUCAAGCCAUUGAUUUUUAUUUAUUAAUUCAUUUUGUUUUCCAGCAAUAGAUCUUAUUCACGAUACCCGCCAUCUUUGUACGCGCUCAAGGACUGAUGGGAUAAAAGCAAUAUCACGUGGUUUCUCAGGGGAAAAACAAGUGAAAAAAACUUGCCAAUGGAAGAAAUCGCGGUUGAGUGCGUUUAUUCUAGACAACAAGAAAUGAAGACUUUUUCAUUUUAAAGACGAUAAUGUCAAAUAUGUGUAGCAGUGAUCAUUGUUACUUUUUUGUAUGCACUAGCGAUCGUAGAUGUCCUCAUGGCAAACAGUGAUGACGUAAAUCUUGCACAUGUACAUUUUGAAUGACUAUGGCAUCGUCGUCUCGUUUUGAUAGUAUAAACAAACUUGACUGCGAUCACUAGUAUUGGCAAAUUUUAUCACUUGUUUGCCCCCUGAAAUACCACGUGACAUAGCUUUUAUCCCAUCGAUCCUAGAGCGCGUGCAUAGAUGGCGGGCAUUGUGAAUAAGGUCUAUUUCUAACACUUUCAGACAUGGCGUUAAUAUAUUCUCCCGCAAGUUAAUGAGAUUCCCACACACACACAAAAAAGUAUUAUUUCAUUCCUGCUAUACUUCUUUGGUAUACAAUUUUAAGCUUCUGGGAUCGUAAGCCACGAAACGGGGAGUCAGUAGAACGGUGUUUUAUCCCUGUGUUUUAAUCCUAUUAUUUAACCUUAGGUAUCGAUACGAAACUUGACCUCGCCUUUUUAAUUGACGGCAGUCAAGUGGUGACUGAACAAAAUUUCCUGAGCUUCACAUCCUUCGCCAAGGCGAUCAGUGCGUCUUUAAAUCUCUCAAGGGAUGAAACACGUGUUAGUGUGGCCAUAUAUGGAGCCGCUCCAGCCCUCAUCAUACACAAUCAGUACAAUCAGUCCGCCAUAGAUCACGUCUUAGACAACGCACGUUAUACUGCAAGUCUUCAGAGUAAUUUGGGUGAAGCUCUCUUACAUCUUGCUUCAAAGCUGUACAACACAAGUAACCCGCGACCAAAUGCCACAAGAGUCUUGGUCAUCCUAACAGCUAGCAAAUCUCAAGACGAUCUCUUGGUUCCGUCCAACAUGCUGCUUAAUUUUUACAAUGUAAAAGUGUUUGUCCUUGCGGUUGGUAAUCAGUAUAGCCAUGGGCAACUGAAUGAGGUCUCUUCAGAUCCAGACACAAACUAUAUUCAUACGUCCCCCAAUGGGCAUGAUCUUUCAACUCAAGUUGUUCCGUUAAGGGAAAAGUUAUUCUCUGGUUAG